UGCAAGGUGGCUCUCUAUUAUCGAACUUCCACCCAUUCGACCGAUACAGGCAUCUAAAUAAGCCCUUUUUCGAUCUCUUCUCUCGGAAGAAUUUAUGGACGUCGCAAAUUCUCUUUUACAACUCGUCAGCAAUUUAUGGGGCUUGGCCAGCAAACCUUUGGGCUACAUUUGUAAUCUAAAAGACAAUGUCAACUCGCUGCGAAACGUAAAUGACAAGCUUAAGGCCAAGAGCGCAGAUGUGCUGGCAAUGGUGGAACGCGAAGAAGAAGGAGGACGUGCGCAGCGCACAGAAGAAGCGAGGAACUGGUUAGGCAAGGUCCAAGAAUUCGUAGAUGGAGUAGAUCAAGUUCUUCGAGAAGCCGAGGAACGUGAACAAAUCAAAUGUCUAAGUCGUCAUCUUCCACUGAACUGCCAGUCGAGCUAUAAAUUGGGGAAAAGAGUCGAUCAAAUGCUCAAUGAAGCAAGAGAGCUCCAAACUAAAGACGGAGAAUUCCGCGUUGUGACGUCACUGUUGCCUCCUCCUACAGUGCUCGACAUGCCUAUGGACCAGCCUGUGGGGCUUGACAUUUCCAAGUUUAAUGAAGUGCGAAAAUGGGUUGUGAACGAAAAACAAGUAGGAGUGAUAGGGUUGUACGAAAUGAGUGGUGUGGGAAAGACCACCUUCAUGAGAAGCAUUGAGAAGGAGCUUUCGCGUGCAAAUAACAGAUUUGAUAUUGUUAUUUGGGUAGUUGUCUCCAGGCCAGUGAAUAAAGAUAGAAUCCAAGACACAAUAAGGAGAAGGCUAGGCAUUGAAGAUGAGCACUGGGAAGGAUGGUCCUGGGAUGAGAGGGUCUAUCAUUUGUGCCAAGCUUUGACCCGGAAGAAGUUUGUAUUGUUACUUGAUGAUCUAUGGGCAAGGCUGGACCUCUCCAAAAUCGGAAUUCCUUGUCUUGGUGUCGAGAGCGGAUUCAAAGUAGUGUUCACAACUCGGUUGAAGCAUGUAUGCGACCAAAUGGGAGCCAACAAAACCUUGGAAGUACGGUGCUUGAUGCCCAAAGAAUCUCUGAAAUUAUUCGAGAAGAACAUCGGCAAAUCACUUGUAGAUUGUCAUCAAGAAAUUCAAGACCUUGCAAAGGACAUUGUUGAAGAGUGCAAAGGGUUGCCACUAGCCCUUAUUACCGUCGGGCAAGCCAUGGCCGGAAAGGACAGUCCUCAUGAAUGGAGGAAUGCGCUAACAACGCUAAGGAACAAUCCAUACAAGCUAUCAGGUAUGGUAGAGGAAUUGUACCACAUACUAGAGUUCAGUUAUAAUAGCUUAAGUAAUCCUACUCGACAAGCUUGCUUCAUUUACUGUUGCCUCUUCCCUGAGGAUUACCACAUGAUAUCGGACGACAUUAUUAAUCUUUGGAUUGGUGAGGGUUUGUUAGGAGACACUAAUGAUGAUGUAUACCAUAUGCAGGAUGAGGGAGAGUCGGUCUUGGGGGAUUUAAAGAGGGCUUGUCUAUUGGAAAGUGGGUGUAUCGGUUUUAGACCCUAUGUAAAGAUGCAUGAUGUCAUCCGUGACAUGGCAACCUGGAUCACCCGUGACCGCGAGCAAGGGAAGAACAAGUUGCUAGUGAUAGAAAAAGAAGAAGACAUGUCUGCGAAGAUGAUCUCGUAUCCUUAUGGGGAGAAUGGAUCCAAAAUAUCGACCAAACACCACCUAGUUGUUCCCAACUCAAAACUUUGUUUAAGGGAAACUAAUGUAAGGCUGGUGCCAAGAGGAUUUUUCAACUCAAUGACCGCUCGUCUGACAGUCUUAGACCUUUUUGGUAAUAGACAUAUUAAGUUAUUCCCGAAAGAAAUUUGCAAUCUGAUUAAUCUAUGUUACUUGAACUUGUCAAGCACUGCAAUUAGUGAGUUGCCCAUGGAAAUCAAGAACUUGACUGGUUUACGGUGGUUACUACUCGACAAUACAGUCGCCCCCUUCCUAAUUCCAACAAUGGCAAGUGAAGGAAGAUAUAGUAGAGGAACUAGGGUGCAUGCCAAAUCUCAUCGACUUAUCUAUCCAGGUGUUCGAUUCUUCCUCUGCGCUAAAAAUAUUUCAAUACCCGAGUUUACAGAGAAGCAUAAAAAUAGUCUGGCUUACCACUUGCCAAGACCUGACCUACAUCCCAAUAAGUUGCUUACCAAAAGGCAGCAGUGGUUUUUGGCAUUUAAAGAAGCUUUGUAUAUCUUAUUGCGACAUGCUCAGGGAGAUCAAGAUUACUCAAGAAGUAGGACGAGUGCCCGACUGCUCUUGCUUUCCCAAUCUCGUUACUGUUGCGGUCGGAAAGUGUGGGUUUCUGGACUUGCCAUGGCUUGUUCACGUUCCGAAACUUCAGGAAUUGAUCAUCAAACAAUGCAAUUCGAUGGAGAAAAUCAUGGGGAUGGAUUUGCACCGGAGGAAUUAGUUGUUUCGGGACUAUUCUCACGUCUCGAACGCCUAGACAUCAGCGAUCUUCCAAAUUUAACGAGCAUUUGCGAACGGACUCUACCCUUUCCUCUACUGAAAUCCCUCCGAAUUGCCAAGUGCCCUCGUCUGGGAAAGUUGCCGUUGGACUCGAACAGCGCACGGGGAAGCUUGGAAGAGGUCCGUGUGGAGGCCGACUGGUGGGCCAAGUUGGAGUGGGAAGACGAUGCUGCCCGCGCCCAUUUCACCGCCAAAGUUCAAUAUUGGGGCCCUUUGCAUGACCGAAGAAUGAUCGUCCCGUACGCGUGAAAGGACACUCGUUGACGAAAUUGCCCUCGGCCUCGUCGAGUGUGUGGAGUGCUGGGAUGGAAAAUCUUCGAAGUUGCGGCUCAUCAGCUCACCAAACCUCUGUAAAUACUUCGUCUUCUUGACUUGCUGCCGGUGUGAGGUGCCUCGGCAAGAGAACUCUUUUACCAAAUGUAGGUUCCAUUCAUUGGCCAGGCACGAACUCUCCUCCUUAUUGAUCCGAGCAAGUAUGUUGUCUAACAUUAUUAUGCCUUUACUCAUUUAACAUUCCCGUCGCUCGACUGAUUGUGGAUUCUUAAAUAGUUUGAUGCGAUUCAUUUGUUCGUCUA